GAUUCCUCUUCAGGAAGACUCCAAGGGCUCCAACUCCAGAAUCUGACAGCUGAGACAUCCUGCCUGGGAAACUGAACAGCUACCAGAUUCUCAGCCUUACUGGCACAAGACAGCCAGUGCUGCGGGACCCCCUCAGGCCACAUCCUCUAAGCCAGUCUAAUCUCCUCUUAAUGGCAUAGUCUGCCAUUUCUGUCCCCUCAGAGAAGCCUGACUAAUGCAUGACUUAUUUCUGAAGACCAUGGGAAAGUCCUUUGGGACUACCUCCAAGCUCAAACCCGGAUGCCGCCUAACAAGAAUCUGCAUUUUAUAGGUGCUGUGUCACCAAGAAGCAAUGACAAGACAGGGUUAAGAACAGAAUGGGCUGCAAGCCAUAUAUGGAGAAACCCAUUGCGUAAGUUUCAUAAUGACUUUUGAUGUUCUGCUUUCAGACUUCUCAAGAUGAAGUCGACUGCUCGGUAAAGCUGCCCAUGAAGGAACAGAGUACUGAAGAUAGGUAGCUCAGUGGCAGAGCCCUUACCCAGCAUAAAGGACCCUGGGCUCAACCUCCAGCACAGGAAAGAAAGAAAAAAAACCUGAGAACCAAGAGGACCCCAGGGCUCUGGGUUCUAGGUCGACCUCAGCCAGAGGGAUCAUGCAGGCCAUCCUUGCUAUGAUGCUCUGGAUGGCUUCUUCUGUUUCUACUUCUUCAUAUACAGCAGAGACUUUGCCCAGUAUAACCAACAAAGACUUCAUCCAAGAAUGUGUUCAAACUCACAACCAAUAUCGGUCAAGAGUGAAUCCCACAGCCAGGAAUAUGCUGUACAUGUCUUGGGACCCAGAACUAGCCCGCAUUGCAAAAACUUGGGCAAAAUUUUGCCAAUUUUUACACAACCCACAGCUGAAAACACAGCUGCACCCAAACUUCACUGUACUGGGAGAAAAUAUCUGGACUGGAUCGUUAACCCUCUUUUCAGCAUCCUCGGCCAUCACAGACUGGUACAACGAAAUUGAGUACUAUGACUGCAGCACUAAGAGAAGCUCAGAUGGCUGUGGCCAUUACACUCAGGUUGUUUGGGCAGAUACUUACAAGGUUGGCUGUGCAGUGCAGUUUUGCCCUAGAGUUUCUCACUUUUCAAGCCUUUCUAAUGGAGCAUAUUUUAUAUGCAACUAUGGACCAGGAGGGAACUACCCAACGUGGCCGUAUAAGCAAGGACCCACUUGCAGUGAAUGCCCAAAAGGUGACAGUUGUCUCAACAAACUCUGCAUUAACCCACAAAGAGACCACACCUCACGUUACUACUCUGGUAACUACCCAGGAAGACCCAUCUAUCUACGCAACAGAUACACAUCUCUCUUUCUCAUUGUUAAGGCAGUACUUGUGUUACUGUCUGUUAUUGUUACCAUUUUGGUAAAGCACAAAUACCCUAAUUUAGUUUUUUUGGGCUAA